AUGGCCAAACAUCUCUUCUAUAGAAGAAUACUUAAGGAAUAUAAAGCGUUAGUGGAGAAUAAACUUCCUGGUAUAACAUUAGUGAAACAUACAGAAGAUCUUACGGACUUUGUGUUUAGGAUAAAAGUAAAUCAUGCUAAUCAUAUCUAUUCACAAAGUGACUUGUAUCAUCUAAGUAUACGGAUUACACCGGAUUAUCCUGUAGAUUCACCACAAGUACAAUUCAUUUUGUUUAAUGAAGUAAUUGAUCUAGAUGCAGAAGAUGAUGAGCAUGAUAACGAUGAGGAUGAGGAUGAGGAUGAUGAUUUAAUCGAAGUGGGCCAAAGCAAAAUCCCUAUGCAUCCGCAUAUUUAUUCGAAUGGUCAUAUUUGUCUUAAUUUACUCGGAGAAGAUUGGAGUCCAGCAUGUUCUAUUGAAACUAUAGUACUAAGUAUACAAUCAAUGCUCAAUUCAAAUGAUAAGAAUGAACGCCCUCCGGAUGAUGUAAAUUACGUAAAGUAUGCACCCGUUAAUCCAAAAAAGACUACAUUUGUUUAUCAUGAUGAUGCCGUAUAA